AUGGGCCCGUUGAACAGUCAAUUACCUCCUUCGGUCUUGACUGACUUUGCAGUUAUUCCAUCAUUAAACUUUACUAGUUUCAACUGCACGCUAUUCGUUGAGCUCAAGCGUAUGGGCUGCUUGCUAAACGAUACAUUGUGGUUCAAUUGCCGCGAUUCAAAAUCGUCUACCAGCGGGCUAUUCCUGCUUAUUUACCAAUUGCCUCGGCCUUGUGAGUGCAGUGCUAGGGAUUUGGAUCUGGGUGCUGUAAGCGAGUCACCUCCGACACAAGGGCAACAGAGUGUUGUGCCAUACAUUGACUAG